AACCUUGAUAACCUUGAUCUUGCAUCUCCAAUCCUAACCUCAAAAAAACAAAAUGUCAAAGAUGACUUUUGAAGGCAAAUAAAUCGUUUAAUUUCCUCUCGUAGUGACACCAAAAGGCUUCAUGUGUAAUUAACAUUUUAAUUCACACUCAAGUGUCUUCCUGAGAUGUUGCGUAGAAUACGAAAAGAUUAUAUUCGAACACAGUGCCAAAGGUUCCUAUCUUCCAACAGAAAAUUAAACACUGAAAACAUCUACGAUGUCGAAGACGGACCUCUUGAAACUGUUGUGCCCCCACGAAAUGCCAAGGUCGUCGUGUGUGGGGGCGGCGUUAUGGGGGCGUCUGUAGUCUACCACUUGGCCAAGCUGGGAUGGGGCGAACAAACAGUCUUAAUAGAACAAAACAGGGUUGGAGGGGGCACAACAUGGCAUUCAUCUGGACUUAUUGGUGUUUUUAAACCAAGUUUAGCACAAGUUAAGCUCACAAAAUCUAGUGUUGAAUUGUACGAACAUUUAGAGUCGAAAGGGUUAGCAACUGGUUGGAAACAGUGUGGUAGUCUCAAUUUAGCCAGAACUAGGGAUAGAAUGACGGUUUUUCGCCGAAUGAAGGCACAAUCAGUUUCUUGGCAAAUUGACUGUGAAUUAUUGUCGCCUCAGGAAUGUAAAGCAAAAUGCCCGUUAUUGAAUGUGGAUGAUUUAGUUGGGGGGAUGUGGAUACCAGGAGAUGGGGUAGGGGACCCCUAUGAGACUUGUAUGUCAGUAGCAGGGGAAGCAAAAAAAAUGGGUGUUAAAAUUGUCGAAAACUGCACGGUAACAAAAAUUCAUCAAAAUAAUGGUAAAGUUUCCGGCGUCGAGACGGAUUUAGGUCCAAUUGAUUGUGAAUAUUUUGUUAACUGUGCGGGAUUUUGGGCAAGAGGAGUUGGACAGUUGUCUGAACCAUAUGUAAAGGUUCCCUUGCAUGCCGUUGAACACUAUUAUUUGCACACUAAGCCAAUUCCAGGCUUGGAUUCGAUGACUCCGGUUGUUCGCGACCAAGAUGGUCAUAUUUAUUUUAGGGAAAAUAAAGGAAGACUGUUAGCUGGUGGUUUUGAACCUGUUGCUAAACCAGCUUUUGAGGAUGGCAGGAUACCAGCGAGCAGUAAAGAACGAUAUCUGCCAGAAGACUGGGAUCAUUUUCAUAUAUUACUCGAACAACUUCUUCACAGAGUCCCUCAUUUGGGUUCAGCGGUAUUGGACCGUCUGUGUAACGGCCCUGAAGCCUUUAGUCCCGAUUGUAAAUGGAUAGUUGGCGAAGCCCCUGAAAUAAGAAAUUAUUUAGUGGCCGCCGGCAUGAAAACUGUGGGUAUAUCCGCAGCAGGCGGUGUUGGACAACUAACCGCAGAGAUAAUAGUGAAUGGGGAAACUUCAUUUGAUAUUUAUGAAUUGGAAGUUUCCCGUUUUUUGGGUUUGCACAAUAAUCGGAAAUUCCUGCGGGAUCGUGUUAAGGAAGUUCCGGGAAUGCAUUAUGGGCUUUGUUAUCCCUUUCAUGAAUUUAGCACAGGGAGGAAUUUGAGAAUGUCGCCGGUUUAUCCAAAACUGCGUGAAGCUGGCGCUGUUUUUGGACAGGUUAUGGGGUAUGAAAGGCCUGCUUGGUUUGAUACAGCACAAGCUUUAGAGGGAGAACCUCAAGACUGGUCAACUCCUAGCAGAAUGGCAUACACUAACACUUUCGGAAAACCUCCAUGGUUUGACAAUGUCGCUGCUGAAUAUGCUGCAUGCAGGGAAAGUGUAGGAAUUAGUGAUUAUUCAUCUUUUACCAAAAUUGAUCUCUGGUCGAAAGGCAACGAAGUAGUCAGUGCACUACAAUUUUUAUGCUCAAACGAUGUUGAUGUUCCUAUCGGUAGUAUAAUCCACACUGGUAUGCAAAAUAAAUAUGGUGGCUACGAAAAUGAUUGUUCUUUGGCCCGAUUGUCUGAAAACCAUUAUAUGAUGAUAGCUCCAACCAUCCAACAAACACGCUGUAAAGUGUGGCUACAGAAGCACCUACCACCAACUGUAACAAUUUCAGACGUGACUAGUAUGUUUACAGCACUUGCUAUCAUGGGUCCGUUCACUCGAACUCUGCUUUCUGAGUUAACGGAUACCGAUUUGAGUCCGAAGAAUUUUCCGUUUUUUACGUUUAAAAUGCUUGAUGUGGGUUUAGCUAAUGGAAUUCGUACCAUGAAUCUAACUCAUACUGGGGAGUUGGGUUAUGUUAUGUAUAUUCCCAAUGAGUUUGCCUUACAUGUCUACUCGAGUCUGAUACAAGCGGGUGAGAAAUACGGUAUCAAACAUGCGGGAUAUUAUGCCACUAGAGCGCUAAGAGUUGAGAAAUUUUACGCUUUCUGGGGCCAGGAUUUGGAUACGAGGACAACGCCUCUUGAAUGUGGGAGAGUGUGGCGAGUCAAAUUUGAUAAAGGGGUUGAUUUCAUUGGGAGAGAUGCUCUGCUAAGGCAAAGGGAAGAAGGGGUUAAACGAAUGUACAUACAGUUGAUUUUGAAUGAUCAUUGUCACGAAACCGAACUGUGGCCUUGGGGUGGUGAACCGAUUUAUCGAGAUGGCAAAUAUGUUGGGAUGAGUACCACAACAGGAUACGGGUUUACGUUUAAAAAACAGGUUUGUUUAGGAUUUGUUGAAAAUUACGGCGAAAAUGGGGAAAGACUGCGUGUGACAAACGACUAUGUUUUGAGUGGUGACUACGAGGUUGAUAUUGCAGGAAUAAGAUACCAUGCCAAAGUUAACGUACACUCACCAAUCUUGCCUACGAAAUAUCCCGAUAAAGAACGUGAUGUUUAUCAAGCUACAAGAGAUAAACAUGAUGAUAAUGUGGUGGUUAAAGCCAUAAAGUAACGAAAUUAUUAGAAAUAAUUACACAGUUUUUGUUCAUACUCGCAUUAAAAGUGUUUUUUUCAACACCAUGUUGUUGAAAUUCAGUCCUAUUACAUUUUAGUUGAAAGUAACAUUAGAAGGUUUGUAAAUAUGAGCUCCAUAAUUUAUUAAUAAACAUUCUAUAAUCAAAAA